AUGGUGGUGGUGGUGGCGGCAGUGGAGGAGGACGGCGGCCGGCAGGUGACGGUGCGCGAGUUCGACGGCGCCAGCGACCGCGACCGCGCCGCCGUGGAGCGGCUCGAGGGCGCCUGCGAGGUCGGCCCCAGCGCCGGCAAGCUCUGCCUCUUCACCGACCUCCUCGGUGAUCCGCUCUGCCGCGUCCGCCACUCCCCGGCCUUCCUCAUGCUCGUACGUCCCGCCCGCCGCCCGCCAUAUAGCUGCUCGCAUCAGUCAGCCAUCGCUAGCUCCUCGAUCCAUCGCUCAAGUGCGAAUGCCUUCCCUGCCACACAGGUCGCGGAGGCAGGUGCGGGCGGGGAGGUGAUCGGCGUGGUGCGCGGCUGCGUCAAGACGGUGGCGUGCGGGCGCGGGCAGGAGGACCUCUUCUCCAAGGUGGCCUACCUGCUGGGCCUCCGCGUGUCCCCGGCGCACCGGCGCCGCGGCAUCGGCCGCGCGCUGGUGGCGCGGAUGGAGGAGUGGUUCCGGCAGGCGGGCGCCGAGUACGCCUACGUCGCCACGGACCGCGACAACGAGCCGUCGGUGCACCUCUUCACCUCCCGCUGCGGCUACGCCAAGUUCCGCACCCCGUCCGUGCUCGUGCACCCGGUGUUCCGCCACGACCUCGCCCGGCCGCGCCGGGUCGCCGUCGUCCGCAUCCCGCCGCGCGACGCCGAGCUCCUCUACCGCGCGCGCUUCGCGGGCGUCGAGUUCUUCCCGCGCGACAUCGACGCCGUGCUCGCCAACCCGCUCUCCCUCGGCACGUUCCUCGCGGUCCCGGCGUCGUCCAAACCGUGGCGCGGCGCUGAGGCGUUCCUGGCGUCGCCGCCGCCGUCGUGGGCGGUGGGCAGCGUGUGGAACAGCAAGGACGCGUUCCGCCUCGAGGUGCGGGGCGCGCCGCGGCUGUGGCGCGCCGCCGCGCGCGCCACGCGCGCCGCCGACCGCGCGCUCUCCCGCUGGCUCCUCCUCCGCGUCCCGUCCGUGCCCAACCUCUUCGAGCCCUUCGGCAUGCACUUCCUCUACGGCCUCGGCGGCGCCGGCCCGGACGCGCCGCGGAUGGCGACCGCGCUCUGCCGCCACGCGCACAACGUGGCGCGCCGCGCGGGCGCGCGCGUCGUGGCCACCGAGGUCGCCGCCUGCGACCCACUCCGUGACGCCGUGCCGCACUGGCCACGCCUCGGCGCCGAGGACCUCUGGUGCAUCAAGCGCCUCGCCGACGGGUACGGCGACGGCGCGCUCGGCGACUGGACCAAGGCGCCGCCCGGCGCCUCCAUCUUCGUCGACCCGAGGGAGUUUUAG